CCCUCCACAAUCCACCUCCACUUUCGACACACAACAAAUCAUGGGUAACAGCAUCUCCCAGGCCUUGUUUCCUCUUCACCGGAUCCUAUCUUCAGCAUCCUCAUGUCCCCAGGAGCCUCACAGGCCUUCUCUUCUUCUCCCUGCUCUCUCCAUCUGAGUCUGUCCAUCCAAGCUUCUGCACAGGAGCAGUCCCUUCUUAUAGUAUCUUCAUAUUUGCCACAACUUCUGCUAGUCUAUGCACCAGUCUCUAAACUAGUGGUGGGUCAAUAGUUCCCCAACAGGCUUGUUCCGACCAAUGAUACCUCCUCACCAAUCUGGUAUUUGUUGCAGCUGUAACCUCAUUGGUUAAACUGUGAGCUUUCAACCUGCACCACCUCGGCCCUGGAUUGCCCACCCCUCCUCUAAACCACACAGGUCUCGCACUGUUCCCUAGAGCAGUGAUUCUUAACCACAGGGCAGAGGCCCAUGGUUGGGCCAUGAGCGCCCCCUAGAGGCCUGCCAGAAGUUUUUUGUUUUACACCUCUGGGCCGUGAGAUGCUCCGUUUUCAUACACUUGCCACAUAUGGUGGCAGUAGUGUGUCAUUGAAUUGACUUGACAGCUGCAAAUCUGUGAUAGUUACCAACUAUGAAGAAGUUCUUAAAAAGAAAAAUAUAAAAAAAGUAAUGGCGCCCCCAACAGUAAAAACUGUUCACCUGUUGGAGCAGUUUUUUAAAUGUAUUCGAACAUUUUAUGGCGAUACUUUACUUAUCUUCUUAGAGUUUAUUUAUGAAAAAAAUUGACGUUUUAUCAUAUUUAUUUAAUUCAGAAUUGUACUCAUGAAGUGCAGUUUUUCCAAUUCUCUCAACAGUUUUUUGUUUUAGUAAUAAUUCCUGAACAUGACUUGCACCUGGUUCUGCUGCUGGUUGUACUUUUCCAUGGCAAAUAUCUUUGCAGUGAUCAGAUGGUUUCAUGUUAUUGCAUAAGGUUUUGGUUUGCUUACGUGUAUAGUUAUUGAAAACAAAUGAAACCAGUAAUUCUGAAAUCAGACAUCAGUACUCACAGUAAUGAAUCAGUUCUAUUCCUUCAAUGGGCUCUGGACCCAUUUGUUCUGGAAAAGGUGGGCCCCGAGAUGAAAAAGAACCCCUGCCCCAGAGCCUACCCUUCACCCUAGUUUCCACCCUUGUGUCAUCCACCCGUCAGUCGACUGCGACCGUGCCACCCUGCCUGCACUCUCCUCUUCACCCCUUUGAUCUCUGUCCACUAUUUUGGAUAAUUUCAAUGCAUCCUUGGAGCAAGGGGGUGGGAUCGAGGUCGGGAUGUCCAACGGGCUCUGUUUGAACGCUGGUCAUUUCCAGGCCAGAGGUUCUUCACCAUCUCCAGUGUUCCUCGUGAAAUCAUGCAGCACAUUGUUGAGUUCACGUACACUGGCACCAUGAAUGUGACGGAGGAGAACGUGCAGGACAUCCUGAAGGUAGCGGACUAUCUAAACAUGUGCUGCAUCGUGCAAGCGUGCCACGUGUUCCUGGAGGAGCACCUUCGGCCCGAAAACUGCAUCGGCAUCUGGCAUCUGACCACCGUACACUCCCCAGCAUUCAAGCAGAGGGUUUAUCACUACAUCCUUCUGCAUUUCGGGGAGCUGGUGUUCACAAGCGAGUUCACGCAGCUGACAGUGCAGGAGCUUCUUCGCAUUUUGGAUGAUGACGUCCUGUACGUUAGAGAUGAGAGGGUGGUGUUCGAAGCAGUGAUCCAUUGGAUCUCGCUGCAUUUUUCCCACCGGAUAAGAUACAUCUACGAUCUCAUGGCUAAAGUUCGUCUAGCCCUGUUAAGUCUAGACUACAUCACAACCAAAGUGCUUACCAGUCGGUAUGUGCAGUGUGAUAUGCAAACUGUGACCAUGGCCCACGAAGCCAUUCGAAUCAUUGAUCACAUCAGCGCAAAGACGUCUGAUGUGUCUGGAUUCAGGGAACUUAUUGCCCGUCCCCGCCUGCCAAAGGUCGCUCUGCUGGCCCUUGGGGGUUGCAGAAGGGGCAAACCAACCAAUUACAUAGAGGCCUACGAUAAACGUGCUGACCGCUGGGUCACCCUCAGCAACAUUCUGGAGCAACCUCGCUCGUACCACGGUAUCGUGUUCCUCGACGGGUACGUUUACUGCAUUGGCGGCUGCAACGAGAACGAGUGUUUCAGAAGUGUGCACAGAUUCCACUUGCGCACCGGCACCUGGGAAGAGGUGGCACCCAUGGACAUGCGCCGCUGCUACGUCAGCGUCACCGUGUUUCAAGGCUGCAUCUAUGCGCUGGGUGGGUCAGAUGGGCGACAUUCACUCAGGACUUGCGAGUGCUACACACCUGAAGACAACCAAUGGACCUGGAUCGCAUCGAUGCUGAAGGUCCGGCGUGACGCCAGCAGCACCGUGUUUCAUAAUAAGAUCUACAUUUGCGGUGGAUGUUCUGGCAUCAACAGCCAGCGGACCGCUGAGUACUACGACCGGGCCACCAACCAGUGGACAUUAAUCAGCCCAAUGAUCAGCCGUCGCAGUGGAAUAGCAGUGUUCGCCUAUGGAGACCACAUCUACGCCGCUGGAGGCUACAACGGCCAGCGGCGCCUUCGCAGCGUCGAGGCCUACAAUCCCCGGAUCAAAAGCUGGCACACAUUUGCUUCCAUGUUAAGUGCUCGCAGCAACUUUGCAAUUGAAGUCGUUGACGACCGAGUCUAUGCAGUCGGCGGCAUCAACAUCCUCUCAAAAGACACGAGCGUGGAGUACUACGACAUGAACACUAAAAAGUGGACACCAUGCAGCGAGAUGGGGAUUAUUCGCAAGGGGCUGGGCUGCUGCGUCGUUUCCGGAGUACCCAACUUGGCUGACUACCUGUUCUCCAGAGACUCCCUGCCAUCCAUUUAUGCAGAAGAAAGUGAAGAUGACCUUUUUUGAACUAAAUACAAUAUGUGAAGAGUCAAUCCUGACAGUAGCAAGAUUCACUCUGAGCUCUGUCAACUCCACUAGCGCCACUGUGAAAACUGUCAUUGUAGCUGAUUUCAUCAACACGGACGCCAACAUCCUGAUAACAAAACAUAUCUUCAGCAGCACCGAAGUGGAUGUCAAAGUCGGCUCAUCACCUUCCAUGUGUCCAUCUCCUUGUUUUUCUGCUGUAAAGAAAUAAACUCAUCACUCGCCAUCUAAUGUAGAAUUUCUAAGUGUGAAAUUCAGCAAAAGCUCACAACACCGUGUACACCAUCCAAGAUGACAGUACAAUCCCACAGCUAUCACCACUUGUGAGGAGUAUAUGCCACAACCUUGGUCUUACACGAGAGGAACCCGCACACAGAUGUCAACACUCGAGAGAAGUUUUAUUCAAACUUAACUGAAACAAAUUCAAACAAUUAAAGGCAAGUACAUGGCUUGCAUCAUCAUACAUCCAAAACGGACUCCAAAGCUAAUAAACCACUCCUGAGCGGCACAUGAAAAUACAAGAGCAGAUCACUUCAAAUGCCAAUCUGCUGCUACAUUCACAAAUGCCCACAUUUAAAUGCCUGCAAAAAUUGGAAGUAUGUUUUCAUAUCAAACUGCCUUG